AUGCGUAUCCCCGAGGUGCCGGUGAGGGUGGUGGGGGCAGGAGGAGGAGCAGGGGAGGACAAGAGCGUGCAGCAGCUAUUCCAGGGCAAGAAGAGCAUCCUCUUCGCCGUCCCUGGCGCCUUCACCCCGAUUUGCAGCGAGCAGCAUCUUCCGGGCUUCUUGGCUGCCCACGACAAGCUGAAGGCGCAGGGGAUCGACAUCAUUGCCUGCAUCAGCGUCAACGACCCGUUUGUGAUGGCGGCAUGGGGAAAGCAGCAAAAUGUGGAGGACAAGGUCGUCAUGAUCGCGGACGGGAACGGGACGUUCACGGAGGCAGUGGGUCAGCUAGUGGACGAGACGAGCUACGAGAUGGGGAUGAGGUCGGAGAGGUACGCGGCUGUCUUCAACGAGCAGAUGGACUGCAUCUACUUCGGCAAGGAUGAUCUGUCCUUCGCUGAAAACAUCCUCGACUUCCUUGCGGGGCGAGAGAGCGAGCGAGCACCGGAGCCCCGCCAAUGCCAGUGUGACGUCUUUACGUAG